CGUUUUCCUUCUCCAGAUACUUUUCAAAAUUGCAGCUGAACUCGAGCCCUACCAUCGAGCUCCUUCUGCUUUCUUCAUUGCUUCUUUCAGAAGCAUAGGUGACCUCAUCGAGCCAAGCCAUGGAAUCAUUUGGCGUCUUCAAUUAGCAAAUAAAGUUCGAUGUUUGUGCAAAGACAAUAAAAUCUUAUUGUUCUUUUACAUUUGACGUUAUGAAGACUCAGUUUCGCAUUUCGGUUGGAUUCUUUUUACUGCUGCUAAUUUGUUACUGCACUCGUGUUGAUUCAAAGGUGGAAGAUAGUGCGAACAAUGGUCUAGAUUCGAAAACAGUGAAUAAAGGAAAUGAUGCAAGCAAAGACACCGGGUCUAAUAAGGAUCUUAAUUCUGUUUCUGCUGGUAAGGAAAAGAAAUCUGAGAAUCAAGUAAGCGUCUCAAAGGAGGGUGCUAAGAACCGUGAGGAUAAAAUUAAGAAGGAUCCUGAAAGUGAAACAGUAUCGAAAGAAGGUGCUGAUAAAGUAAAGAAGGACGAUGGUAUAGGCGAGGAAGGGAGGAAUAAGGGAGAGAAAGAAAAGGGGAAGCCGGUGGAUAAUUCAGUUUCAAAGGAAGGGUCUAAGAGUAGUGGGAAGGGAGAAAGUACAGUAUCUUCAACAUCGAAAAGAAAUGAUGGCUCUUCAGGUGAGGAUUGUGAUUCAUCAAAUAAAUGCACUGAUGAGGCAAAGAGGUUGGUUGCUUGCUUGCGAGUUCCAGGAAAUGAUUCUCCUCAACUUUCGUUGCUAAUCCAGAACAAAGGAAAAGGUCCUCUUACUGUGAAAAUUUCUGCCCCAGAUUUUGUUCAUCUGGAGAAGAGUGAAGUUCAACUUCAAGAGAAAGAAGAUAAAAAGGUAAAAGUUUCAAUCGGCGAUGGAGGAGAUGGGAGUACUAUCAUUCUGACUGCAAGUAGCGGCCAUUGUAGUCUUGAUUUUAGGGAUCUGAUUGCGCACAAUAAUGCCAAAGAUUCUGAUAAUGUCCCCAAGUCCUCGUGGUUCAGCUACCUCACAAAACCACAUGUUAUCGCAAUUUUAGCUUUUGGUGUAAUUCUGACAGUUGCAGCUGUUUCAUUGUUCAUUACCAUUCGUCGUAAGAAUUUCGUAAGUAGCAAUUCUAAAUAUCAAAGGCUGGACAUGGAGCUCCCUGUUUCCCUUGGAGGCAAAGCCGUUGCUGACAAUAACGAUGGAUGGGAAAACAGUUGGGAUGACAAUUGGGAUGAUGAGACACCACACACACCUUCCUUGCCCGUUACUCCAAAUCUUUCAUCGAAAGGCCUCGCCUCACGACGGUUGAAUAAGGAUGGCUGGAAAGAUUAGUCACCAGUAUUAGCUUCACACAUUCAUACACGUAGAGGGUGAAUCCGAUUCUCUGUGGUUUUCGGUCGUGAUUUCAUCAUACAAUGUACAUUUUGGUACACCCAUUUACCCUUUUCUUAAGUACAGCUGUGUUGUUUUAAACCGACAAGCAUUAUGUUUGUUAUUGCAUUUGCAUCCAACUUAUGUAAGUAUUAUCUCUCAAUUUUUCUCUUACAUUUAGCUAUUGAAUUGGCGAGGAAUGUGUUGCAUCAGAAGCUCUUUUAUAUUUUCUUCUCA